AUGAACCUUUACAGUAGGACUGCUUUAGCCCUAAUGAAUAAAAGCUUGAAAAACAAACUCUUGUCAGGAAGCAAGCUGUGUGGCAUUCACGCAGAAGAGUCAAAAAAGAUCCAAGCCCAGCUGAAGGAGCUUCGCUAUGGGAAGAAGGAUUUAUUAUUUAAGGCCCAGCAGCUUACUGAUCUGGAACAAAAAUUAGCUGUAGCCAAAAAUGAAUUGGAGAAAGCAGCUCUUGACAGGGAAUCACAGAUGAAAGCAAUGAAAGAGACUGUACAACUCUGCUUGACAUCAGUUUUCCGUGAUCAACCUCCACCUUUGAGUCUAAUCACAUCAAAUCCAACUAAGAUGUUACUUCCACCCAAGACAGUAGCCUCUAAGAUUCCAGAUGCAAGGGCAAAAAGCAAGCCUCAACAAAGUGCUCCUGGAAAUGAGAACUCUCAAGUCGGGUCAACAAAGGAAGAAAAUCCAAGUACCACUGAGUGUGACCCUCAAGAUGAGGGCAGGACCUGUUCAAUGAAUCACAAAGAGAGUCUAAGUAAUGCUACUGCAGAAUCAAAGCCUGUCCCACAGAAAUUGCAAAUGGCGCCUUGUUCUGAAUGUGAGGUGAAAAAAGCCCCAGAAAAACAAUUGACCAGCUUUGAAGGGAUGGCAGCUAGAGAAGAAAAAAUACUGUAAAUACUGAGAAACUGUUAGAAGCAUCCGUUUGCUAUUGUCUCCAUACUCUUUUUAGACCACAGGCUUGAUGGAAAUACUGAGUUUCUAAAGCAUGCAACUUUUUCACAAUUUUGUGUAACUUUAUAAAGU